GGUCACACAGUGCUUUUUGUGUUUUUGUGCUCUCUCCUUUCAUCGGUAGUGCAAUAUUGCAAUGCGAAUUACAUAAAAACGGAGUAAAAUCAGGCAAAACCAGAAAGACGCGGCGAACGGGCAGGCGAAUACUUGCACACAGGCAACGGCGAAAAAGAUGCAAGAACGGGAAAAACGUAUUUACGCAUUACGAAGCGAGUCGCUGAUUUGCCGUUUCUUUUUGUUUUUAUAAUGCCAAUAUCGGGGUAGCUGCACCAAAUGCAGUUAGCGAAGAUCUCUUGUGAUGUAGGCGAGUAAAGCAAAGAAAACACCAAUACCAGAAAUCACCGAUACCGAUACCAUAACGCUCUUCGCAACAACAACAACAGCAGCAGAAUCAAACACAAAAACAAAGCCAACGGCGACCAAGUGCAAUCAACAAUUACAGAACAAAGAACUACCAGCAGCAGCGAAAACAACAACAAAAACAAACGGUGGACAGCGAAGAGCAAGAGGAAGAGGAACAACAAAAGCAGCAGCAGACGACGCAUAAUUUCCUGCUCACACACACACUCGCACACACACGCACCUUAGCUGUCACAAAGAGAGGGGGACAACAAAGAAUAUCGGAGAGCGUGGGAGAGGCAGCACCGAGGAGCGAGCGAAAGGGAAAGGAAAGCGAAAAGCUGCGGGGGAGCCACUGCAUCUCGGGACUCGCAUCUAGAUCUCUGGAUAAAUCCACGCGUAAAAUGACCAAUUCGGGACGCAAUCAUCAUCGAUACGAUUUCCUGUUGCAGUAAGUGAUUUAAAAAUAAUAAAAAUCGAGAACGAGCUGAGCCAAAAAUAAGAGACGCCGAGGGCAACGUAUUGGAGACGCAAUUUGUGAAUAAUUUAAUCGAGCGUUCACACGGCGCCAGCUGGAAAAAAACAGGCGAGAGUGCUGAAGAGUUAAUUGAUUCGGCAGAGGCAGCAGCGGUUGAAGAUAAGAACCGGGAAUGUUUGCCAGUACCGGCGAGACAGGCGUCGUCGUCGUCGACGCCGGCAGCAGCGGCGGCAACGGCGGCAACGGCGGCAACGGCAGCAACGACGGUGGCAGCAGGAGCAACAGUGGUGUCGCCAACGGCAGCAUCGAGCUGCUGUGCCCCCCGAGCGGCAGCAGCAGCAUCAGCGGCAGCGCCAGCUUCAGCAGCAACAGCGGGGCCAGCGGCAGCAGCAGCCAAACGCACAGCACCGCCAUCAGUAGCGGCACAGAUCGCAGCAGCAACGGCAGCAGCAACAACAAUCACAAUCCGAGCUUACAACUAAAUGGUAACGGCAGCACCAUUGGCAACACCAGCAACACUAGACAGAACAGCAGCAACAUCAGGCCGCACAGCAGCAACAACAGCAACAGCAGCAGCAACUCCAGCAACUCUAGCAACAGCAGCAACACUAGCCCUCCCCACAGCAACACCAGUAGCAGCAGCCACAACAACAACAACAACAAUCACAGCAGCAACAUCAUCAGCGGCUUCUGCAGCACCAUUUGGCGUUCGGCCACAUUUGGCAGUGCCACGCCUGUGAUUAACCCCCUACCAAGUGUACAUAUUAAGCCAAAGAGUAUGGAAAGCAGCAGCGACAGUUGCUCAUUGAGCUCGUCGAUAGCGCCAGAGGUUUGCCCCACUGAUCAGCAGAGGACAGCGGUCACCAGCACUCAAGAUCAGCCAGAGGAUCAGACCCAAACAUUCCUAGGCGCCACCGAACUGGACGAUGAGUUAAUCAAACAACUGCCAAAGGAGGUGCUGCUGCGCGUCUUCUCCUACCUGGAUGUUGUCUCACUAUGCCGCUGUGCACAGGUAUGCAAAUAUUGGAACGUGUUGGCCCUCGACGGUUCCAGCUGGCAGAAAAUCAAUCUAUUCGACUUUCAACGCGAUAUCGAGGGUCCGGUGAUUGAGAAUAUAUCUCAGCGAUGCCGCGGCUUCCUCAAGUCACUUUCGCUGCGUGGCUGCCAAUCGGUGGGAGAUCAGUCCGUAAGAACUCUAGCGAAUCACUGCCACAAUAUCGAACACUUGGACCUGUCGGAGUGCAAGAAGAUAACCGAUAUAUCCACACAGUCCAUCAGCAAGUAUUGCUCCAAAUUAACGGCCAUUAAUUUGGACUCGUGCUCCAACAUAACAGAUAACAGCUUGAAGUACCUAUCCGAUGGCUGUCCAAACCUCAUGGAGAUCAACGUGUCCUGGUGCCACCUGAUCUCCGAAUAUGGCGUGGAGGCGCUGGCCCGUGGCUGCGUCAAGCUGCGCAAGUUCAGCAGUAAAGGUUGUAAACAAAUAAACGACAAUGCCAUAAUGUGCCUGGCCAAAUACUGUCCCGAUUUAAUGGUGCUAAAUCUACACAGCUGUGAGACCAUAAGCGAUUCAUCGAUCCGCCAGCUGGCCGCCAAUUGCCACAAGCUGCAAAAACUGUGCGUGUCCAAGUGCGCGGACCUCACCGAUCUCACGCUGUUGUCCCUCUCGCAGCACAAUCACCAGCUGAACACCCUGGAGGUGUCGGGUUGUCGCAACUUCACGGACAUUGGCUUUCAGGCGCUGGGGCGAAACUGCAAGUAUCUGGAGCGUAUGGAUCUGGAGGAGUGCAGCCAGAUCACGGACCUUACGUUGGCCCAUCUUGCCACCGGCUGUCCCAGCUUGGAGAAAUUGACCCUUUCGCAUUGUGAGCUGAUAACGGACGAUGGCAUACGGCACCUAACUACUGGCAGCUGUGCUGCGGAAAUCCUGUCCGUGCUAGAGCUAGACAACUGCCCCCUGAUUACGGAUCGAACGCUAGAGCAUUUGGUGUCCUGCCACAACCUGCAGCGCAUUGAGCUAUUCGAUUGUCAGCUCAUCAGCCGCAAUGCCAUACGCAAGCUGAAGAACCAUCUACCAAAUAUCAAGGUGCACGCCUACUUUGCCCCCGGAACGCCGCCUGCUGUGACCAGCGGCCACCGACCACGCUAUUGUCGCUGCUGUGAGAUUCUCUGAGAUACGGCCAUCGGCUUCGCCAGGAAGAUAAUGCGAAAGACAGCCACGGACUGAUGCUGGCCCGUGUGCAUCGUCAUGUUCGCCAUGUUCGCCAUGGUGUUCAGCCUGACACUCGUCUCGAUGAUCUGCAUGUACUUGCUGGGCAUGCUCGAUGCGGCGAUGACCACAUAGCCACCAGAUCUGGAGCAACAAGAGCAGCAGCAGCAGCGGCCUGAACGAAACCGAAACCUAACCCUAGUUUUAGUUUAAAGCGAGUUUCAAAAACUCGCCGAAACCAGCAUCAAAUUGUGAUUAUUUUAUUUAAUAUGCUACGUUAACUAGACCCUCAUUUGUGUAAUCUGUAUUAGCCCACGCCCCACACGCUCUAUGUUUGUUAUUAACUGCAGCCCGAUGAAUUGCUAGCUUAUAUAGACCUGUAUAUACAUAUAACUAUGCAUGUUUGUACGACAGCUUCAGGUGGUUCCGCUGAAUGUUCUGUGUCUAGCCUAGAAACUGCAAUUAUGUGCGUUUAGUUUUAACUCUCAUACACGCAUGCCUGUAUUAAAUGUUUGCUAAAUUAUGACUAAAUUAUGAACCCAUCCGGAGCGUGCUCGGAUUUUAUCUCUCACUGGUCGCCCCCAAGAAAGAAACCUGGAGUUUACCAAAUUCCGAAACAUGUCGAUAGAACCACAAAGCGUUCAAAAAAAAAAUAAAUAAACACUAUGCGAGGUACGAUUACUUUCGUUUAUAAUCCGCUGAAGUCUAGUGCCAGCUAAAACUGUUCAGCAAUUAGCAUUAUCUAUGUAUAGCCAUGUAUAUUACACAACGAACAAACGACUCACAUACUGGAUCAUCUUCCCUGAACCACACCAAGCAGUACCCACAUAAAUAAUUCAAUAAAUCUAUAAACACCCCUCUGGACUCACACAGAUGUCUACACAGUAUAUUUUGUAAUGUAUUAUCCAGUGAAAAUGUGUAAAAGGGGCAGGAAAGUAAUCGUUGGCUCACAGCUUGGGCCACCGCAACUAUGUAGAUAAUAUAGGAUUUUCACAACUGAAGGUUUCCCCUCUCCAGCAGAUCUGUUUCCAAUCCUCGAGAGAUCGAACCAAACCCAAGUUGUGAGCUGGGGAAUAGGAUAAACCAUGGCGUGACUGCCCCCUUGACAUUCACAGAUAAGCACAAUAAAAAGCAAACAAUACCAGAUGAGAUAUUUUCCUGAUUCAUUUUAUUACGCUAAAGUUAAGCUAAGCAAAUGGUGUCAUACAAACAUAUACCUAUCAUAUAUUUUCCUAGAACAAAAAACCAAAAAUAAGUCAAAAUCAUAUUUACAAAAAACAAAAAAUAAAUAAAGAAAUGCAAAAGGAUAGAACAAGAGUUGUAAGUUGCGUAUUUUAACGGAUCUUUCUGUCUGUCUCUUGUAGUGCGUUUCAACUUUGUUUUAAAACUGUUUGAAAAGAAGUCUACUAAAAAAUCACAACUGAUAUGUAUUAAUUAGAGUUAGAGUUCAUAAAAAAAACCGAAAAUAUAUACAUACAUAUAUGGAAAAUUGCCGUAAAGCGCAAUCAAGUUCCGUACCACACAAAAACAACCUUUGGUUCAAUAAAAUUUACAUCUAAAAGGAGAAUUAAAUAUUAUAUACACCUCUAUAUAUGUAUAUGUAUUACAUAAAGGCUUUACAAUGCAGACUAAUAUAUUUACAUUAUGUACGUGUGUAGUUUUGCAAACAAAAAUAAUAACAGAAACAAAACACUCGAAAAUUAACAAAAUUAAUAUGGCAAAACAAAAAAUAUGACAUUUUAAACUGAGAAACGUUUAACAUAAAUAAUAUUUUAAAUAUCAAA